AUGUCUACCGGCAAACGACUCGCGAAGCGCUCUAUUAUAGGGACGCGCGUAGCGGCGCUCGGUGAAGACGGACUCUAUUACUCUGGUAUGAUUCAGGCGGUUAAAACACCAGCACCUUUUCCAGAAAACAACAAUUGUAUCAAUUUAACUCCUAACACUCGCUACACGGUGCGCUUUGAUGGUGGUAAAAUAACACGCGAGUACCGCGAUGCAGAACUUAUUGGACCCGGGUUCCGAGGCUUAACAGGAGUACGCUUGAAGCCUGGCCAACGUGUCUACCUUACCUACAACGGCCGGGAGGUCCGUGCCGAUGUGCUGGAACACGACCACGAUACUGAUGAGCUUCGCGUGCAGGUGCACGCACCAGCGGCUGAGGUGCCAAUAGAGCUAAGAAAAAGAUUAGAAGAGAUAAGAUUAUUGGAGUCUAGAAAGUCAGCGAGGCUUGCUGAUGUGGACACAGAUUUCGCCAGACUCGCAGAUAUGGCUGGUGACCGUCGUCGAGUAUCUGCUACCAUAGAGGUGCCAGCUCAUCACAUGCAAGGAUCACGUAAACGAGGUCCGAGCAACACCUGCGACCUAGGCUUCGGUGAAAGAGACGACCAAAUGAACGAGUGCAAUGCAGCCCUCGUCCUCAUGUCCCUCAGUUGCUCGCCAAACUCACCUCGACCAAGUGCCUGGGGUGGAAGAUCGUCAGUGUCGCCUGGAGCAAGCAGCAGCUCCGGCUCGUCAUGGCGGUCUGGCACACCCUCGCCUCCACCAGUCUCAUCUUCAUUCAGUGACGAAGGCAUUGCUAUGGAUUACGAUGGUGACCCGAAGUUUCCACCCCGUAAAAAGAGGUUAAACAGUGUCGUCUUUAAAUGCUCAUGGAGAGGUUGCGGCCACUACACCACUACGCGUUCUUCCAUCGAGGCACACAUCAGACAAACACAUUUAGGGCCAAAGAAUGAGGACGAAAGCGAUCACGAGGAAGAGUUUUACUACAAUGAAGUGGCUGCACCUGCGCCACCACCCACCCUAUCCCACCGAGACAUGUGCCGUCCACCGCACGAAGAUCCUGACUACCAGCGACAGCUCGUCGGUUCCUUCAGGCAAGGUCUACUGUCAACAUUACAAAAUGGAUCAGCGAGACCCAUUAGCAUUCCCGUAACACCUUCCUGGUCAAGCUCAAGCUCACCGAAGCACCUAAAGAUCUCCGGAGUAAGCAGCUCGCCAGGCAGCCCCGGCAGGCGUCCUCGCUCGGACAACAAGAAGUGUCGCAAGGUUUACGGCAUGGACCAACGUGACCUCUGGUGUACUCAAUGCAAAUGGAAAAAAGCGUGUACACGUUUUGGUGAU